AGCCAGCAAAUUCUACACACCUGACAAAUCGCGUCCCGUAUCUAUGAAAAGGCUGGUUACCAACAGGAACUUCGAGCGUCAUCUUACUCUAUCUCGUCAAUAUUUCUACCUGGGUUUUGAUAUCGGUAUGAGGUGACAUUCAAGGAGAACAUAAUGGGAGAAGAAUUUAUAAAGAAAACCCAGGAUUCUCUGGGGAAAAUCAUUAAAAAACCGCCGAUGACGGAGAAGCUGCUGAAGAAACCACCAUUCAGAUUUCUACACGACGUCUUUACAGAGAUCAUACGAACGACGGGUUUCAUGAAGGGUCUUCUUUCAGAGGCAGAAAUGGAUUCUCAGAAUGUCAAGGAUAAAGAUGCCAAAAUUGCCCUGUUACAAAAAGUCGUAGAUGUUGUUGCAAUGGUGACUGGUAAAGCCUUGUCAGUAAAACCGUCCAAGAUUGUGGCUGGGCAUGAACCAGACAAGACAAAUGAACUCCUUCAAGCAUUAGCAAUAGCCCUAUCCAAGAAGAUGGAUAGUUCAGAAUCAGUCAAGAAAGUACUCAACGGAGAGAAAGGCAGUUCGGGGAAGCCUCCAAGACCAAAGAAAGAUGAUGACAAGAAAAACAGAGACACAAGUGCAGAUAAGAGAAAUAAAGAGAACAAGGAUAAGGAAAAGAAAAGCAGCUCAGACAAUCGUGAACGAAGUGGUAGCAGAGACAGGCUGAAGACGGAAGAUAAGAAGAGCAGGGAUCGCAGUAAAGAUCGAGAAAGAAGCAGCAAAGAUAGAGAGAAGAGCAAGGAUAGAGAGAGGAGUAAAGACCGGGAAAAGGACAAGUCUAAAGACAAGGAAGAGAAGAGCAGAUCGAAAGAUAAGGAGAGGGAGGAACGGAAAGAGAAGGAUAAAAAAGAGAAGGAAAAGGAAGAGCGAGACAAGGAAAGGAGAGAAAGAAGGAAAAGAAAAGAUGAGGAGGCAAAGCAAGCGCAGAAUGAGGAGGAAGAGAGUGAUGAAUCAGAGCAGGACUUAAGACCACCAGCACCCGAGGGUGAAGAUGUUGGAGGUAGUAACCGCAUCCCUCGGCCUUCAUCAGCCAAGGGUAGCAGGAGAAGACCUACUAAAGACGGUGAUGAUUCUGAUGGAGAGGGAGAACUUGAUGGACGUCAGGAGAGUGCCAAACAUCGGUCUAGGACCAGUAAGGAGAAUGGCGAAGGUGGUCUCACUGCAGAUGAUGCACUACCCCCUCAGGUCGCUGCAAGUCGUAGGAUGGCCCGUCCCAGCAGUGCAAGACCUGCUCCACCAAGGCUCAAGAAACAAGAUUCUACAGAAGAUACUUCAAGGAUCGGGAGUGGCAAGCAGGUAUCGAAUGUGAUCGUUGACAACGGUCAUUCAGAUGAUGAAGAUGAUAUCUUCGUAGUGGAGGAUACUCAGCCAUCUAUGGAGGAUGAACCUAGGCCCCAAGCAAGCGAUUCUAUGGAGGACGAUGGUGAGCAUGGAGGCCUGGUCAAGAAGAUCUUAGAAACCAAGAAAGAGCUGGAAGGAUCACAAAAUAAGGAAGAUGAUAAGCCUGUUGUGUUGGAUCCGGCCAGACGUAAAGAGCGUGAGCUAGUCCAGCGUGAAGUAGAGAAGCUACGUAGUGCCAUCCAGACCUUGACACGUAGUGCCAACCCUCUGGGAAAGAUCAUGGACUAUCUGCAGGAGGAUGUAGAUAGUAUGCAGAAGGAACUGGAGAUGUGGCAGAGGGAGAACAAGGAACACGGUCUGGCUAUCAAACGGGAACAGGGGAUUACGGACUCUGAGUUGGAACCUCUUCAGGCCCAGUUGGCCCAGCUAGACCAAUCGAUAGAGGACCAAGUAGACACCAUCGCUGCAGUCAAAGCAAACAUCCUUAGGAAUGAGGAGAAGAUAGGCAAGAUGGUCAAUAGUAUAGCCUUUACAAGAUGAGUCAUUACAAGUAAUUCCAUCCUCUUCAAUCAAGCUUUUUAAGUUUUAACCGUAUAAAUCUAUGUGACUUAAAAAUUCCUUAUAAUUCAAAAAGCCUCUUUUAUAUACGAUACAUGUGAAAUUUAUUGUUACUUAAAUGAUCACCUCUCACCGAUAAAGGAUGCAAAGUUUUUGACUGGGAUGAUGGAAUAUCGUUUUUCUGUCAUUCCGUUUAUACUGAAUUAACUCGUUCCUCUAGAUUGAAUACAAAAACCACCUGGGUCCUAUUUCAUAACACUUGUUACCAAUGACCAGUUACAUUAACUUUUUUUUAAGCUAGCGAAAUCCUUGCAUUUGAACCAGGAAAUGUUGAAAUGGUGCGAUGAGAUAAAUCACCUCGUAAUAACUUUAAAUAGUUUAAUGAUACCAUAGAAUGGACAUCAUGAAUGCAGUAGCUUUAGAAUUUGUUGAUAUAAUUGUUGACACCUGUGAAAAGCUUUAAAUGCCAUGUUAUUACGAUAUGUGUACGUCGGUAUCUUCUGUAAUAUAUUUCUCACAUGACAUUCCUUUUAUAUGUCUGUGAAAAAAAUAUAUUACUGUAUUUUAACACAAUGAAUAUUUAAGUGAAUAUAUGUUUUAUUAUGU